CACAUGUUCUACUGAGCUGACCUAUUUGUGUCCUAACUGUGCAACGUUCUAGAUUUGAAUAUUGUACGAUUUCCACUCUGAGUCGUCCCACAUCUGGACGGUGACCGUGUCUCUGCAUCUCUCCUGAUCUUGUGAUGUGGAUGAGCUUUUUUAGGACCCUUUGACCCUUGGACUUUUGCCUCAGGUCUUGCGCUUGUCUUUGGACACAAAGGCCAUAAAGAACUCUGUACAUUUGAGCAGGUGUCUUUUGAUGCCCAGAGGUCCAGAUUUGAUUUGGUUCUGGCUGGAUUGCUGGACAUAUUCCAGAGCUGGAGGAGGUAUUUUGGACUUUGUUUGGGCCACGUGAAGGUAUAUUCAGGCCUGGAAGUGAUGGGUCAGCGGUGUGGCCUGCUGGAGAUCUUGUGUUUGGUUCUAUUGGGCUGGACUCUUGUGCGAGGUCAAGGAAAAACUAACCUGGACCAUCACCUGCUGGAUGAGAAGGAAGUGGGAUUGGAUGGAGAGGGGGAAGACACAUCUGGAGUGGUGAAGAAUGUGGAGGAAGAGAUAUUUUGUCCAGAAAAGUGCAGCUGCACUGUGGACAGGGCGGUGGACUGCAAUGGAGUGAGCCUCAAAGAAUUCCCGCCAGAACUGUCUGAACACACCCGUCAGCUCUCUCUGCAGAAUAACCAGAUCACAGAUGUCACACUAGAACAUCUUUCGCACCUUCAGCAGUUGGAGACACUAAACUUACAGAACAACCGCCUCACAACACAAGGUCUUGAUGAUGAAGUGUUUCAAAUUCUGGAAAGGAUGAGUUAUUUAUACUUGGCAAAUAAUAAGCUCACGGCUGCUCCGAGACACCUUCCUUCCUCUUUGGUCAGUGCUGAUUUCGCUGCAAACCAGCUCAUCAGAAUCUACCCCGGCACCUUUGGCCAGAAGCCUGCUCUGAAGUCUGUGUAUCUCCAUAACAACAAGCUAACAGAUGCCAGUCUACCAGAGAACAUGUUUAAUGGAUCAGACAACCUAGAAAUUCUCAUUAUUUCUAGUAAUUUCCUCCGGUAUGUCCCGAAGAAUCUGCCCAUCGCCCUCAACCGACUACACCUGAAGAAUAACAAGUUGGAGAAGAUUCCCGCAGGUGCGUUUGAUCAUUUGUCCAAUCUUCGAGAGCUCUACCUUCAAAACAACGUCCUGAGUAAUGAUGGUGUAGACAACCAGACCUUCAGUCAAUUAAACAGUCUGGAAUAUCUGGAUUUGUCAAAUAACAACCUGACCACGGUUCCUCUUGGCCUUCCGCGGAAUCUAAUCCUGCUACACCUGGAGAAGAACUCUAUCCAGAGCAUUGCAGCCAAUGCACUGGCAUCCAUUCGGAACUUGGAGUACCUUCUCCUGCACAACAACUGUCUCCGGUCUCGUUCAAUCCAUCCAGCCGCCUUUCAGGGUCUUAAGCAACUCCACACCAUCCACCUGUACAAUAAUCUGCUAGAGCGAGUUCCACGUGGUCUUCCUCGCCGAGCAAAGAUCCUCAUGCUGCCCCACAACCUCAUCAGUGAAAUUGGACGCAAUGAUUUCAUCACAUUGUACACCCUCACGGAGCUCAACCUCAGUUACAACCGGCUCACCAACACAAAGCUUCACAGAGAGGCCUUCAGGAAGCUCAGGCUUCUGGAAAAUAUGGAUCUGUCGGGAAACAAGCUGCAGGGGAUUCCAAUGGGACUGCCCAAGAGCCUUGAGAUUCUCAAGAUGAAGGACAACCAAAUUACUUUGAUACCAGAGGGGGCACUGUUGGGUAUGACCAAACUGAGAGAGCUCUACCUGGCAAACAAUCAACUGAAGCUGAACUCAAUCUACCAGGGAGCUUGGCAGGAGUUGAGCGCACUCACGACGCUGGAUCUCUCUGGUAACCUGUUGUCUCAUAUACCUGCUGACCUGCCCGAGUCUCUAGAGUUUCUUCACCUCCAGAACAACCGAAUCAGUACAGUAUCUGACACAUCCUUCCUCAACACUCCCAACAUCAAAGGCAUCUUCCUCAGAUUUAACCGUAUCUCAGUUCACUCCAUAUCGGAAGAGUCUUUCUCUCACCUGGCCAAGCUUCAGGUGUUGGACAUCGGCCAUGGCAAUAUCUCUCCGAACCAAGGCCAGGGAGAGGGAGUAGAGGACAAGCACUUGCCGUAUGAAGAAGAGAAGACAGAUUCAUGAGUCACACAGGAGAAGAAUAGACCAAGUCAUGCAAUGAACUUUCCCUUGAUCAGAAAUGAAAUAAAAUGACAACAGGCAUAAAAUGCUUCAUGAAUGUGGACUAGUUAGAUUCAGAUCAUUUCCAAAACCUUGACCAAAUGCAAAUGCAUACAGUAUUUACAGCUUAAGCCUGUGCAUUUUCCUCUGGGGUGUUCAUGCAUGUAACUUCCACAUACCUCUAUAAACACAACCUUCAAAGUCCACAUGAAAUCAAAUUGGGCCCCAUUUACUUCAUUAAUACACGUCUUAUAUACGUCUUAUUGUGCUCAUUUCAUCUGUGCAUAUUCCUGGAAUCUUUCAUCAAAAUGAUUUUAGCCUGAUUCAAUAACCCCUCUUACUUUUCAACCCCUCCAACCAGCUGACUCCAUUAUGGUAGUUAACUUCCAGUUCAUAAUCGAAUCAAUGCCUGAUCCAAAUCAAGUCCCAUCUCUUUUUUUCCAUCUCAUUGAUUGUUCUGUUUUACUCAGAAAUAAGUCAUGUCAUGGAGUAAAAUGGGUUCUGAAUGUUAUUUCAUGUUGACUUCAAUGCCAUAAUCUGACAAUACUAAAUGUGCCAUACUGUUAUAUCUGACUUUCUAUCUAAUUCCUUAAAAAAAAUGCUUCAUAUAAUAAUAGGAAGCAAUAUUAAGAUAUUAACAUAUAUUAAUAUCUGGUGCAGGAUACCAGACAAUUGUUUAUUUUUUUUUAAUUUUUGCUGCAGUUUGUUAACAUAUGUUUGUUUACAUUUAUGAAAACAAUUAUAUUUAUGUCAUGAAAACAAUUUCACUUUUUCCAGAGAAUUUGGCUCACAUGCAUAUUUUAUUUACCAUGACACACUUAAAGGGAAAGUUCACCAAAAAAUGAAAAUUCAUUCAUUGUUUACUCACCCCGUGUUGUUAUAAACGUAUACAUUUCUUUCCUUUUCUAAACAUAAAGGGAGAACUUGUGAAAAGAAAUGUAAUGCUCUGUGAUGUCAUACAAUGGCAGUUUAUGGUGACCACCUCUUCAAGCUUCAAAAGGACACAAAAGGUAUAAAUCACAAGUCUGAUAAAAUAUACCAGGAGACUCGUGCCUUUUUCUAAAAGCAUACGAUGAGGUUUGGAGAGAAACAAUUCAAAAUCAAAUGCUUUAUUCAGUUGCAAUCAUCUUCAACCAUUGCUGUCGUGUGCACGUUCAUGAGAGUGCACGAGAGCAGCGAUUACACUACCCCCGCUCAUGAGAUGGUGCGUUCAAGCAAAACAAAUUUGUUUAUCUAAAAACAGGUCCACCACAGUGAUAGUGACAACAGAAAACAACACAACUGCACACAAACCAGAGAACCCAACUUACUAAACAUGUCUGAAGAGAUUAAAGUCGAAGAAUAGAUGCAUUUCUAUGCCCAGCCUGUUGUCACCAUCUCUUUGCUGGACCUGUUUUUAGAUAAAUGAGUCAAAUUGAGCUUGAACGCCCCUCUUGUGAGCAGGGGCAGCGUUACUUCUGCUCUCAUGCACUCUCAUGAACAAGCACAGGACAACAAUGGUCGAUGAUGAUUCAACUAAAUAAUACAUUGGAUUUUGUUUUGUUUCCUACCAAACCUCAUCGUAUGCUUUCCUAACAAUCACGAGUUUCCUGGAAUUAUUUAUUAGAUCCUUUUUGCAUCCUUUUGAAGCUUGACGAAAUGGUCACCAUAAACUGCCACUAUAUAACAUCAUAUGGUAAAUGGUCUACACUUAUAUAGUGCUUUUUUAACCUUAGCAGUUUUCAAAGCGCUUUACACUGACUCAUUCACACACACACACACACACACACACACACACACACACACACACACACACACACACAUCAGUGAUGCAGAGCUGCCAUACAAGGCAACUUGGGGUUCAGUCUUGACCAAGGACACUUUGGCAUGUGGAGUCGUGUGGGCCAGGAAUCAAACUGCCAACCCUGCGAUUAUUGGUCAACCCGCUCUACCACUUGAGCCACAGCCGCCCCAGCAAUUACAUCACUGAGCAUAAUUGUUUUUCACAAUUUCUCCUUUGUGUUAAGAAAAAGAAAGAAAGACAUAUGGGGGUUAUAACACCACAGGGGUGAGUAAACAAUGACUGAAUUCACAUUCUUUAGGUGAACUAUCCCUUUAAGCACAAGUGUUGCUUUUUUGGCAUCCUUAAUCACUGUAAGAGUCAGUUCUUGGUUCGAAUCUGGAAGCAAAACCAACAACAGAUCAAUAAAGGACAGUUGCUCAGAGAAGAAAUGUAGCAAGAUAAAUUAUGCAUUUGUCAAAGCCUUGCAUCCUCAUCCUGCUCUGCGUCCUUAAGCUGCGUACACACUGCCAGCGACAUCGCGCGUGACAGCGACUCCAUCCCAUUCAUUUUCAAUGAGAGCACAGCGACUUCCGGAGACACGAGCUGUCGCGGCGUUGGCGACUAGAUGUGGGCGUGUCCAGCGACGUGACAAAGUUGAGACAAGUUCAACUUUAUUCAAAUGAAGAGCGACUAACGGAAGCGACAGCCAAUAGGAGAGAAGACGGGAGAGCUCACGUGAUCCUUCUCUCUCUUUCUCUCUCUCAGCUCCUGCAGUAACGGAAAGAUGGAUGAAAGGCUAAUUCUUGCUGUUAGCAAUUUUCCAGUGCUCUAUGAUAUGGUAUAUCCAGCCGCAGCUCUUGCACCAGCCGGUGGUACUCGCCAUGCUGACUCCGAGAUUUAAUGGUUUUGUGGACCCAGACAGACCGGCAUUUGCAUUUUCGCCGCAGAUAAACAGCCGCUAUGGCAAAGAGCACGCCUUGUUUCUCAUUCAUCUUUGAUAUAAAGCAUUUUAUGUACUGAUCCAUUUAUAUUUAGUCUUUUCCCUCCAAAAUGUUUGCUUUUAGCGCCAAGAAAAGCAAUUUGCUGGCAAGAGCAAUGGAAUGGCAUCCGAGAAUGUCAUUUAUAAACGUUACUAGGCAACCAGUAGUGGGAACGCCCAAUAGCGACUUGACCGCCAGCCACUGGCGACCUGCAGCGACAAAGUUGCCGGCAGUGUGUACGCAGCUUCAUUUGAAUAGCAGAUUUGCACUACAGGGUCCAAGUCUCCAGAAGUGUUUCUCAUUAGCAGCAGCUGGCUCUGGAUCUACAGAAAUGUUUCUUCACCAUGAAAAUGAAAUAGAAAUGUCAUCAGGGUUCCAACAGUCACGGAUGACUUGUGAAUAUCUGUGUAAAGUCUGUUUUGCAGGCAAAAAUAGUAUUGUUCUACGUUAAAUAAGCAACAUGCAAUGCUGAGAUUACCUUGUUUAAAAGUAAUUUCAAAAUCCCAGUUUUGUCGAGUCAAACAUGUACAGUCCUCCAAACAUCCAAUGCAAAUUUACUGUAACUGUUCUUAAAUCAACCUUAACCUUAAAUAUUUUCUCUUUGGUCUGUGGGAGUGUUUUUAGAUCAGGAAUGUGGGGGUGAAAUAAGGGUGUUUAUUGACACAUUGUUAAACUAUCCAGGAAAAUAUAAAGCCAAUGUUAAAUGUGUCUGCAAUGGAUGAUCAACCCCCCAAACAAACACAAGUUUCUGAUUGUAGUUCUUCAGAUCUUCUUUCUGUCUGUGGAUGAGUGUGAAGACCUGCUAGUGAUGAGAAAGAGCUUGGCUCAAAGAAGUAAACCAUGUGGCAAGCCAAAAAUAUAUCCGGGCAAGCAACUGGAUGGUCUAAACCUUAAAACAUCGUUCAAACAUGGGGAGAAAGUUGUGUAUAAAUGUGCUCUGGGUUCCACACAAACAGGGGGCAGUCCAACAUCAACGUGUAUGGAUGGAGAUUGGACCCCAUUGACCAUGGAAUGUGAAUUGGUGAAGUGUCCCGUCAUCGACAUCCCCAAUGGUUUGGUACUCAACAAUACUAUGGGUUCUCCACAAGGGUUUGUGUUUAACACCAGUGUUAAUAUCACCUGCUCUCCUGGAUUCAGACUAAAUGGCGCAAAUCAACUCCGCUGUGGUGCAGAUGGUUCCUGGACCCCAAAAGUUCCCACCUGUGUGCUAG